AUGUGGUUCAAUCUGGUUUUUCUCACUGUGUUUUUUUGGAUUUCUGGACUCACGACUGCUCAAUCGUUCCCGGUAGCUACCACUAAAAUUUUCAACUUUGCGAAUUCCGAUGACUCUGAACGACUUUUCUACACACACCUCUCGGAAAUCUCUGUUUUCGAAACCUACGACCCCGCUGACUAUCCCGUUUCAAAAGACUUAGGAAUCGCCAUGUUGGCAGAACUUCCCAAAAACUGUAGCUGCCCCGAUCUCCGCAAAAUCCUUUCUGUGACUACUCCGUAUCAACAACUGAGAUUCGAGAGAUCUGAUAAGUGGACUGCUGAUCUAGAAGUUCACGGAUUAGCAGGUUACUUGGCACCGUUCCCGGGAUACUGUGGAAGUGAUCAAAUUGAACUCAUCGAGUUUUAUUCGCCUGUUUUGGAAGUGUUCCGCUACGAUACCUCCAACAACAUCUACAAUUAUUUGUCGGACUACAAGAAUCAAUUCCGUCCGGUCAGAGUGCUGGGAUACGCUUACUAUUCAACACCCAGUGUUUGGUUAAGCGGAAACGCCCCAUUCAUAAAGCAAGGAUUGCAGAGUCCAUUCUAUAAGGCCAUAUCUGUUCGUUUUGAAAUAGUUCGCGUACUCACCAAAAAUGAGAAGACUGCCUUUGCAGUAUCCCGAGAACUUGUCGAUACGAUGGUCUCUGAAGGUUGGACACUGACUGAUGAAGUUCGACCAGGUCCACUGAGCUCUCAAAAUGAGGUGGAGAAAAUUCGAGAACUUUGUGGAGAGAUGGAGAGAUGCCAAGAAACUUUCGACAAUACUACAGGAUUGUAUAGGCCAAUCAACCCGGAUAAACAAUACCUUGGAGGGAAAACGAUAGUUGGAGAUUGUGGAUACUUUUUGUCAAAUUCAGUUGCUUGUUUCCAACAAGCGACUGAAAUGUAUUCGUUCAUUCCAUCGUACGAUGGAAAUCAAGUCAUCUACGGUAACUACAAUGAAGGCACUGGCAAUAAUUCAGUUGGAUAUGCCAGCCCUCACAUUUUUGCAUUGCUGAAGUUGUGA